UAUAAUGCACCACUAGAAGCUGGAGAUGAAUAUGGUGAAAGAAGGGUUUGAAAGCAGAAGUGUCAUGUGCGUCUCUGGGCGUGCUUGUGGUUCCCUCUUGAACUGAUGGGAAAUAGGCGUUUGUUGUUUUUUUUUGUUUGUUUGUUUGUUUGAGGGGCUUUUAUUCAGCAGGGUCCAAAACUAUUAAAAAUUAAUGACUAAGACGGGGUUUUAAAGGCAAGCUGGAUGCGUAUUUAUUCCGUGUUUGAAGGGGCCCACAACACAAAGCUAAGGGCAUCUUGAGGAGAGCUGUUAUGCGCAUGCGCAGCAAGACAGUUGCCAUAGCGCUGCUCCGACCUGCUGAGUGAGUUGAUUCUUCAACUUCUGACUCACGUCUUCUCGGUGUCCCAAAUCCAAGGACACCGGAGCAUUUUAUCAACGUUAACAGGAGCUUUUUAAUUGUUCCGUGUCGUCUUAUGCGGUACGUGUUUGUAAAUCAUGUGAGGUUUUUUUUUUUUUUUUACUUUUUGAAACACCUGUCCGGUUGACAAACUAACGAGCCUAUGGGAGAUCAAUCGGUGGAAAUCUGCCUCUGGAUUUGAACAGCUUUUUAACCCUAUAAUUUAGUGGCUGUCCGGCAUUAAUUCAGCAGAAAAGAUGAGCUGCUUCAGUCAACGGCUGAGACGCACAGCUCCUAUGCAUGGUGGCAGCAGCAGAAAUGAGCUGGUCCCCUUCAAAUCUCCCAGGAUGAACGGAUGGUCAUGGCCCCCUCAAGCCUUCCAAGUGAUCGGCUGGCUGGUGUACAGCUACUUCGCCAUAAUCAGCUUUGGCAUCUAUAUCCCUCUUCUGCCUCUGCCAUGGAACCAUGUGGUCUACACUCUGAUGGGCUUGGCGUUUAUUGUACACUUUUUCACCCAUAUUGCUGCUGUGACUAUAGAUCCAGCAGAUGCCAGCGUGAGGGCCAAACAGAACUAUUCUGGUCCAAUGCCGCUUUUUGACCGGACAAAGCAAGCCCAUGUCAUCCAGGACCUGCACUGUUAUCUAUGUGAUGUCAAGGUCGGCCCUAAAGUUAAACACUGCGGUGUGUGCAACAAGUGUGUGCAAGACUUCGAUCACCAUUGCAAAUGGCUGAACACCUGCGUGGGCAGCAGAAACUACUGGUACUUCUUUGUGGCACUUUCCUCUGCUACACUGGGUGUCUUCCUGCUUGUUGUUGUUAUCUUGUUCAUAUUUAUUCAGCACUAUCUGAAUCCAAACAGUCUACGGACCGAUCCACACUUUCAAAGUGAGCUCGGGAAUGGGACGUGGCUGGUGUUUUUACCGUUGGCGCCCAUAAAGACUAGUUCAGCUGGUCUCCUUAUAUUAGCCUUCAUAACAGUCAUGCUGAGCAUCAGCUGCCUGUUGCUGCUCACUCAUCUGCUGGGUUUUCACUUUUACCUCUUUCAUAAAGGCAUAAGCACGUAUGAUUAUGUAAAGAUGCAGCGCCAAAAACAAGCCAGAAACCGAGACAUUGAAGCAGGAAAUCCCCAUGAUGCGAACAAGACCCCACAGAAUCAAGAGAGCUCAAUUAACUGUGAGCCAGCACUGUCACAGAGUUCAAGUACCUGCAAAUUUGAUGAUAAAGGACCACUCGUCAGCCGACUUUCAGAGUCAAUCUGCACUGAGUUGGAAAACUUUAAGAUAUCAGCAGAAAAGGAAAACGGUUUCCAUUAUGGCACAGAAAAUCCCACAGAGAACACAACAAGUGAGAAAUCCAUCAGCAACAUCAAGAGCUGGAUGUCUGAAGCAGAUGAAGAUGCUCAGAGUGUAAAUGUGAAGUCUGUUGACAGUAUACCUGGCGCACAGGACCCUCUGGGAAGUUCAGUUAUGACUCCAGAUGAUACUUAGUAAUAACUGAUGUCUGCACAGCGGUGCAUCUGAAUAUGCUGCUCUCAGGAACUAUUUAUUAUGAAAAUAUGCCUCAUGAAACUGAGCCACAUUAUCAUGGAGCCACUGCUGAUAAGGACAGAGGAUGACAUUUGAGUUUGAUACCAGUCAUGGCACCAUUUUUUUUUUUAUCCAGUGGACACUUUCUAUGCAGUCUGAAUAACUGUGGAUCUGACAUUGUGUUCUAUCAUUUUUUAUCUGCACUGUUUUUUUUAUGACAACUGAAUUAUUUAAAGCUUUGUUUUAGUUCAGUCCCUCUGUUUCACUAGCCUAAGCCAAGAUAGAUGUAUUUUGACAUCUUCCAGAAAAGCUGAAACAUGAUGCUGGAGAUCUCUGUUUAUAUUCUAAGCUACAUUGGUAUCAAGUACUGUAUCAGACAGUAACAUGUGAACAUCUUUUCAUUUUAUCUAAUGACCAAAGAACAAACCUUAUAUGGCAAAAUACAUUCUCUAGCUGAGAGGAGUGGAACAGAUGUUAGCUUGAAAAAGGAGGACGGCACUUCAGCUCUCUGUUGCCGUUUUUAUUAACCAAUGAUUUCACAAAGCUGGCAAUGUUCAGCAACUGUUUUGGCUGUAUUUGAUAGUAAAGAAUAUAAAUUCA